UCUCUCUCUCUCUCCUCCUCUGUCCUCUCUCUCUCUCCUCCUGUUUUCUCUAGACGAAGAAGAAACGAGGCCCAGGGACCUCAGCUCUGAUAAAACUGAUGAAUAUCCCUCAGCACACAGCUCAUGAUGAGGUGAUGAAGGCCGUAGAACCCUUCGGAAAGAUCAACAACAUCAUCCUGCUCAAGUCCAUACAGCAGGCGUCAGUAAUGUUUGAGAAAGAGGAGGAUGCCAGACUGCUGGCUAGCUGUAAGACCCUGACCAUCAAAGGCGAGGUCGUUAUCAUAAGGAUGGAGGAAGAGACUCUGCUGGAGGACUCAAAGGAACUGGACCGGGCCAAGAAGUCUUCUUCUGAAAGGAAAGCGACAGCAGCCCAGUCCCAGACCAGCACCACCAAGUCAACUAAAACAUCUACCAAGUCUUCAACGACCGCAACUAAACCGCAAACUGCCGGUACCAAGAACGCGCCCAAGGUGUGUGGAUCUAAUACCAAGUCCAAGGGGAAGAGUCCCCUCGGUCCUCAGCAGCCUGACAUUGCGAAUAAUAGGUUUGUGAAGAUCGAAGGUUUACCAGAAACUGGAUAUACAGAGGAAGAUGUUCUGGCUCUGGUGAAGCCUUACGGAUAUAAACCUGGACUCUACAACUGUUUCAUUCUGCCCAACCAGAGAUGGGCCAUAAUCCGUAUGGAGAGAGAACAGAAGAGCUUUGCUAUGUUGACCAACUACACAAAGUCUCCUCCUAAACUACUAGACUGUCCCCUCACCUUCACGCUGACCCGCCCUGAUACAAACCUCCUCCAGGAGGGUGUGUACACCACUCUGAAGGGCCUCACCACUACGGAUCCAACGUUGAAGGAACGUCUUCUGAUUGUCAGUAACGUCCCCGCAGGGACUGCAGCAGCCCAGGAGGUUCACGACCUCGUCAAACACUUCGGCUCCUACCUCGACUCGCUGUCUCUGAUCAACAGGAUCUAUUUUGAGAUGGAGUCGUCGUCGGCGGCGAUGACCGUGUGUCUUCAUUUCCAGAAGUCCCCCAGUGUAGUUCAGAACAACCCUCUGAAGUUCAACUUGCUGGUCAAGGAUCAACAGGCACCGCAGCCCCCAGCCCAGAAGACAUCUGUUGUCAGCACCAAAGCCAAGAAGAAACCAAUCAAAGGCAAGAAGCCUGUAGCUAAAGAUGUCACAACCCCAGUUAAACCUGUUACUCCCACUACUACCAGCACCAAUGCUACGGUCUCAUCCUCUCAGCCUGUUGCUGUGGCGACCAAGCAACCAGGAAGUGACGUCGUGGUGAUGAAUUCCGACGGAAAGGCAACGGUGGCGGAGUCUGGAGGGAAAGAGGGUGGGAUUUCCUCGCCAAAAGAUGGGAAGAAGAAGAACGCUCAUCCUCCCAAAGAGGAUGGAGGGAUGGAAACUGAGGAGGAGGCAAAGGAAACCAGGAAGACACUGCGACCGUCGACACCGUCGUUUCCGCCUCGUUACCUACGGUUGCCGUGUCCGCUCCCGAGGAAGAGGUCGCCAUGGAAACCCAGAGCACCGACGGCGUCGCCUCGGCCAAUGAGGUUGCAGCAGAACCCGAACAGGUUCUCGCUGCGGUCCCACAACAGUGCAGUGAUGUCAUUGCGUUGGCUAGUGAAACCGUGACGACUGUGGCCACAACAGAACCUCGUCUGAUCUCCGCUGUGGAGGGAGCUGAUAACGUGGCCAAUCCCGUCGACUCUGACACCGUUGCUGCCU